ACCAAAUUAGAAACCCGUCUUCACUAUUAAGCCCAAAACCCAAUAUUUGUUCAUUUGUGAGUCUGUGUUGUGAGAAACAGAACAAUACGCAGCACACAACACACAACACACAACAUCAGCAAGCAUACAUCAGCGCCACCCAGAGCUCCGGUGCGCUGCUGGCCGCCCCCUGCUUCGCCUUCAUUAGUUCAGCCUCCAUUUUCAUCUCUCAAGCCCUCAACAUUCAUUUAAUUUGGUUAAGGGGAUGGCAUAUCCAUAGUUUAAAGAGUACAAGGGGCUAAUCAAUCAGCCAUCGGAGACACCGUUGCAGCUCCGGUUAAACCUUUGAGCUUUCAGUUCCGACUGUCACUCACUUAUGUUGUUGCCGGAGACUGUUUAUUUCCGGUGAUCAAUUUCCGCCACCGUAGAGAUCUGUCAUGUGUGCUAGGGUUUCACUUAGCAAGCUCUUGGUGCCAUCCAUACGGAAGUCAUACUCAACUGGAUUGGUAAGAAACAAGAGUUCUACAUAUAAUUCAAGAAAAGAAAUACCAAAGGAAUGGAGAAAUCCUGCAGCAUUAUAUGGUUAUCCUGUGAAUCCAAUUGUAGGAUCGGUGCAGAAGCAAAUAGUGAAUGCACUUCACCUGGGUGAAAGAGAAAGGGCUUCUGCUCUGUUGUCCAAUAUUAGCCACGGCAAGCAUGUGUUGUUAGCUAACCAUUUUGUCGAAAUUCUUAAAUACUGUGCGUUGACACCUGAUCCAUUGUUUGUCUUGGAGAUUUGGAAAACUAUGGAGGAAAAAGGAAUUGACCUGAACAAUAGAUGUCACACUCUUAUGAUUCGAGCUCUCUGCAAAGCUGGCUACUUAGAGGAGGCAUUUAACUUGAUGAGUAAUUGUACGGAAACUUCGUAUCUUUAUCCGACUCUGCAAAAAUAUAACAUCCUUCUAGGAGCUUCUACCGGAAUGAACAGUGUUAUUCAUGUCAGUAGAUGCUUAGACCUAAUGGAGAAUGGCAUGUUGGGGAAGGAUGAAAUUACGUACAUCGAACUUCUCAAGCUUGCAGUUUUGCAGAAAAAUCUGUCAGCGGUCCAUAGCAUCUGGAACGAGUACGCCAGAUAUUACAGUUUCAACCUUAUUUCUCUAAGAAAAUUCAUUUGGUCCUUUACAAGAUUAAAAGAUUUAACAACCGCGUGUGAAGCUUUACAACAUCUAGUGGCUUUAGUUUUCCGAGGAGAUUCAACUAUCAAAAUAAGCGCUGAAGAAAAAAUGGUUAUUCCAAAAUUGGACGUACCGAUACCUUUCUACUGUAAUCAGGAUAAUAAUAAUACGGGCAGUCCAAAAGUUGUCAGAUUUGACUCGAAUGAAGUCAAAAGCGUUGGAACGGUGCUGGAAUACCCGAAAAGUGUUCUUGUUACGAAGAUCUUGAGGUUGUCCUUUACUGAUGUUAUUCGUGCUUGUGUGCCGCCGAAAAACGAUGAGCUGGCAGAACAGUUAUUCUCUCUGAUGCAAAAGCUUGGCAUCGAACCGUCACGCAGUGCAUACGAUGGCCUCAUUCGAGUGCUUAUUAAAGAGAGAGGUUUCCAUGAUGGCAUAGAAAUGCUAAAUUUGAUGAAACAAAAGAAUUUGAAGCCACAUGAUUCAACUUUUGCAGCUAUAUCAAUAGGUUGCAGUGAAAGCUUGGAAUUGGAUUUGGCCGAGGCAUUUUUGGAUCAGAUGGCGGAAUAUAAAAAUGCGUAUCCGUACAAUAAGCUACUAGAAGCGUGUGACACAUUGGAUCAACCUGAACGUGGAGUUCAUGUAUUUGGUAAAAUGAAGCAGUUGAAAGUGGCCCCAAAUAUCAAAACAUACGAGUUGCUGUUUUCAUUGUUUGGCAACGUGAAUGCUCCGUACGAAAAUGGAAAUAUUUUGUCACAAGCAGAAGCUACUAGAAGGAUAAAUGCAAUAGAGGAUGAUAUGGUCAGAAAUGACAUUCAACACAGUUAUGUGUCAUUAAGGAACUUGCUAAGGGCACUUGGAUCAGAGGGGAUGAUAAGUGGGCUCUUGCACUACUUACGUGUGGCAGAAAACCAAUUUACUCCGGGAACUCCAAUUUACAACAUAGUCUUGCAUUCACUUAUUGAGGCUAACGAGGAUCAAACGGCGAUAAAUGUAUUUAGAACUUUGAUGUCACAUGGCUAUCGUCCGAACGACGUGACAUGUAACAUCAUGAUUGACUGCUGCAGUAUUAGUAGGUCAUUCAAAUCCGCUCAGGGUUUGACCGCCAUGAUGAUUCGUUAUGGAUAUCCACCACAGGCGCAAACUUAUACGUCUCUUGUAAAGCUUGUGUUGGCAUCGGAAGAUUUUGAUGAAGCGUUGAAUCUUUUAAACCAAGCUUGCUCGGACGGAAUCCAACUUGAUGCAGUGUUGUUCAACACAAUUAUUAAUGUCGCAUCGCAAAAGGAUAGGAUAGACAUUAUCGAAUAUGUGAUGGACCGUAUGCACAAAGAGGGGGUCCCACCGGAUCCUGCAACAUGCGGUCAUGUGUUCACAACAUACGUGAAUCAAGGUUUCUACAAUACAGCCAUGGAAGCAUUGCAAGUUAUGAGCAUACACAUGCUAUCCGAAGAAGAUAUUAACAAAAAUAAAACGGUUUUUGAGGAGCUUAUUUACGCGGAAGAUUCAGAAGCCGAAUCAAGAGCUUUAGACCUGUUCAAAGAUUCCAAAGAGAAUGUUGCUGUAGCCCUUUUGAACUUAAGAUGGUGUGCGAUGGUUGGGAACCCGAUUUCGUGGUUAACCGAUCAGAGCCAGUGGGUCAAGCGGCUCUCGGCUACAAACAGUUUUAGAUAAAAUGGCAACUGGUGAGCCGAUUUUCAAAGUGAUAUGAUUGUACCAAUAAGAUUUUGUAGUCUGUCCACAUCAGAAGUGGUGAGAAUAGUUUAUAUGAAGGGGCAAGCAAUAAUGUAAUUUAUUAUUUGAUUAUCUAACUUGGGUAUCAUUGUGGUUUAGCUAGCAUGCAUGAGUACUAGAUCAUCUGAGGUUUCUUAUUUAUGCAUACACUUCAGUUUGGGCUCAGAUAAAAAAAGAAUAUGGGUUUGUUGAGGGCCACCGUACCUCAAAGCUAAAAGUAUGGGUUACGAAGAAUGUAUUAACUUUA